AGUGCAUCUCACUUGAAAAAAGUAAAGAAUGUGCCGAAAUACCACCAAUGACACCCUUGAAACCUACAGAUACCUUGAGGGUUUGGGUUACAGUCUUGUGUUUGUCCUUGGCCUCCUCAUCUGUGGUGCUGCUCUGUGGGCCUUCAUCGCAAAGCGGGCCUCCUGGACCGACUCCCACAUCUACAUGCUGAACUUGGUUCUGGCUGACUUUGCCCUCGUCCUUUUCCUUCCCUUCAGAGUUUAUGACGCCUUCUUCUGCCUGCCUAUAACUUUCUUCUGCACUUUCCUCAUUUUUAUUCACUUCAUCAACAUGUACGCCAGCAUCCUGACCAUGACAGCCAUCAGCGUCCACCGCUACCUGAGCAUCAGGUUCCCUCUGCAAGCCAGAUCGUGGAGGAGGAGGAAGGAGGCAGCGGUCGCCGUCUGCUUGCUCAUCUGGUUGUUCCUGGUGUCAGUCGUUGUUGCUUUUCGUGAGGAUUAUUAUCCCAAAAACCUCUGGGCAUGCUAUGAAAGACACAAAGCCCAUCGUCGUCUCCAUCCACAGCUUGGCGUGUUAGUGUUGUCUCUUGGCUACCUGGCUCCUCUGUUGAUAAUUGUGUUCUGUUCCAGUGGGAUCAUUUGUAUUAUGGUGAAAGAGCAGAACCAGUCUGAGGAAAGGAAAAGUAUUGUUGGUAUAGUGAAAGCAAACAUGAUCGUCUUUCUUAUCUGCUACACACCAUUCCACAUUGCAAUUUUGGACAGUUUCUUCUCCAGCUGUGAUUCCGUACAUUUACCCAGUCAUGUGUUUUUACAAGUGUCGGAGUGGAUCGCCUCCACAAACUGUUGCUUUGAUGCCAUCAGCUACUAUUUUUUAUUAAAAAGGUUUUACACACAAGACAGUGACAGUACAAAAAAUACUGUCACAACAGCAUGUACGGUUGACUGAAACUUUCCGAUCCUGCACAGCACCCUGGCUACCUGCUGGUAUCCCUGUGUUGAUGCAUAGCUUUGCUUAACAUAAACUCAUCUUCUAUUUCAACAGCAUAUUUUCAGGCAUAAAUUAGAUGUCUCGUGUAGUUGCUGCAAGAUAGUUUCCACUUCUAUCAUUGGGCUGGUGCCCAUCUUCAGGAAUAAUGGGAGGCCCACACUAGUCAGGUCGCAAGUAUACCACAGGAUGGUCAAACGGAAAGGUUUUUUUUUCCUGGCAUUCAUCCCAAACAAGUAACUGGUAUGUUGGUUGUUACGGGGACCUGGUGAGCCCAAAAUGCUACUCUUUGUUAUUGUUCUUUCUUUAGAGCUUUACCAUCCUGCUCCUUGUAUGUUUUGGCAAGAUAAGUUUAAGUAAAUUUCAUGUAUCAUGUAUGUAUGUAUGUAUAUUAGGGCAAACUUGUGGCUGCUUUGUCUGGCAUAAUGGAAAACUCAAGCAAAAUUAAACAAGAUUAAGAGAUCAU